AUGCAUUCUCGAAUUUCAGCUCAGGUGAAGCAGAGAAGAAGUGGUUAUGAACCCUCUGAUACGGAGGCUGAAUGGCAGGACAGUCCCUGGAAUGAUGCUGAUAAAAAAGAUGAAGAAUCGAAUGAUGCAGGGCCAAAGAUUUUGCAAGAUCAGACCAGAAACAGGAGCCCUUUCGACAGAAGAAAUGCCCGAAGGAAUGAUUAUGAUCGCUCAUAUCCCUUGAGAGCUUCAGCCGCCAGCCCUGCUCGAAGGAGGCACAGCAAGUCACCUUAUGCUGCUCCAAGAGAUGAAGGUAAUACUCACUCACCUGUCCAUCAUAGAAAGUUUCCAGAUAGUCCUUUCUUGAAAUCCGAGCUAAGGAGACAUGUUUCCCCAUAUAAAAUUGCAUUGGAGGAUCAUCAAUUGGACAAUGGAAAGAUUGCCAGUUCCAAUAGAAAAUUCAGGCAAGCUAGUGAUGAUGUUAGCAAGGUGAAUGAUACAUCUACUUAUAGUGGUAGGAGGGCUGCUUCUGUUCCUAAGCGAACAUUCAAGGAGAAAGACUUGAUCAAGAAUGAGAGUUAUUGGGAGCGAAGUAAACCAGAAAGGACAGCAUCCCCGUUAAGGAGGAACUUAUCCAGGAAGGAAAGGGAUGGUUCUCAUAAACAAGCUCCUUCAGGUGGUGAAAUUAACGAAAUGCUGGCUAAUGUGAAGACUGCUGGGGCUCCAACUGGAAUGGAUCCUAACUUUGAAAGCACAGAUUCCAUUGGCCCAGGUGACAUCUUCUUUUCUAGGGACUACGGUGCCUUCACAAAGCAGAACAGUAUCUUUUCCACAAAAAAUGGCACUGACAUCAAGUUCAGCGAAAAGCCUGAAUUUCUUAUCCAUACCAAUCCUGGUUUUCAUAAACGGAACCAAGCAAAUCCAUGGCCUAAUCAUAACAUCCGAGAGAUUUCAGCUACAGCAAGCAAUGUAUCAACACAAACAACUGCCAACUCCAAUUUUGGUGUUAGUAGGCAGAGUAGCAACUUGAGUGAAUUUAGUGGAAGGACAAAUGGGACCAUUAAAAAUUUCUUAGCAAACAGACAAAAAAGCCAAACAGACGCAUGGUUUUCUUGCAUCAAGAGGGGUUCCUGCAGGGCAUCAGAGAAAUCUCCUGAGAAACCGCGAGGAUCCUAUGAGGCUUUGAUUAUUGGAAAGGCAUUUGUGGUCGAGAGUCUCAGACAAUUCUGGGCUGAUAAGCAUCGACCUUCUUCAUUAAGUGAAUUCACUUGCCACGAGCACGAGGCUUUGCACCUUAAGCAACUUGCUACGAGUGAAAUCCCACACAUCUUGCUUAAGGGGCCCCCUGGUUCAGGAAAGAAGUCACUAACAAUGGCUCUUCUGCUUGAAAUCUAUGGGGACACAGUUCGUAAUAUAUCUCAUGAUUUGCACUGCUUCCACAUUCAGGAAACAAAGCCAAUGGAAGCAAUUGUUCCCGUAAGCUCAAGUCCUCACCAUGUGGAGUUCAAUGUUUCUUCAGAACCUAAUGUUGCAUAUGCAUUAAUGGCUUUAGUCAAGAAAAUAAGCACCGACUAUGCUGUCAUCCGAGAAAUCAGCAACGUCAAUAUGAAGGCAGACUAUAAAGUAAUGGUUCUCUAUGAUGUUGAUAAAGCUGCGGAUAACAUACAACAUUUGAUAAAAUGGAUUAUGGACUGUUACUCUGAUGCUUGUAAACUCAUUCUCUGCUGUGAAGAUGAAGUAAACAUCCUUGAACAUGUUAAAAGCCGCUGUAAGGUUAUCAAUGUUGAAGCUCCAGUCACUCAUGAAAUUAUAGAAGUUCUAAUCCAGAUAGCCGGAAAAGAAGAAUUUGAACUACCCAUGAGUUUUGCAGCUAGAAUUGCUAACAAAUCAAAGCAAAAUAUGAGGGGAGCAAUUAUGGCACUUGAAGCUUGUAAAGCACAAAACUACCCUUUUUCGGAGGAUCAACCAAUCGCACUAGGAUGGGAAGAGGUCCUUGUUGAACUUGCUGCAGGAAUUCUAGCUGAUCCAUCACCUAAGAGCUUGUCAUCCAAGGAGGAGUUUUUCAGGGCAUUCCUCAGCAUUAUUACCUAUUAA